CGGGGCGCAGCGCGACGCCCUUUGGAGGCGCAGCCAGUCUGAGAGAGGGGAGGGGAGGAGGCAGCGGCUGCCAGCCCGGAGGGGGCGGCUCCCCCCCUAAAAGCGCCGCCGAGCAGAGCCGGCGGCGACCAACCAGGCGCGGAGCGAGGAAAGAAGCCAGCCAACCCGCCCGCCAAGGGAGCUGCAGCCGCCGUCGCUGCCGGCCGCGCGAUGCGGCUGCCUGGAGCUCCAGCGAGCCACUCUCGGAUUAUUUGCCGCUGCCGACGCCGACGCCGCCGAUGCCCGCUGUGAGCGCUGCUCCGGGGAUAAGCCGCCGCGCCUUCAAGAUGCUCCGCAAAGGGGGAUGCCUGGAGUUCUUCCUCGUGCUCCUUGGGCUGGAGAUCCACUCCUCCAGUGGCUGCCCUGUGGACUGCGUCUGCUACCCAUCUCCCAUGACCGUCAGCUGCCAGUCCCACAACUUCCUGGCCAUCCCAGAGGGGAUCCCAGAGGACAGCGAGCGGAUCUUCCUCCAGAACAACCAGAUCUCGCUGGUGCUGAGGGGCCACUUCAGCCCUUCCACGGUCACUCUCUGGCUCUACUCCAACAACAUCACCUUCGUCGACCCCAACGCUUUCAAGGGCUUUGCCCACCUGGAGGAGCUUGACCUCGGAGACAACCACAACCUGCGGGAGCUGGCGGCUGAGACCUUCCAGGGGCUGGUCCGGCUCCACGCCUUGCACCUCUACAAGUGUGGGCUCAGCUCCUUGCCCAGAGGGAUAUUCAGCGGCCUGCACAACCUGCAGUACCUCUACCUGCAGGACAACCACAUCGACUACCUUCAUGAAGACCUCUUCGUUGACCUCGUCAACCUCAGCCACCUUUUCCUGCAUGGCAACAAGCUCUGGAGCCUCCACCAGAACACCUUCCGGGGACUCGUCAACCUGGACCGCUUGCUCAUCCACCAGAACCAGCUCCAGAGCAUACACCGGCGGGCUUUCCAUGACCUCCGGCGACUCACCUUGCUUUUCCUUUUCAACAACAGCCUCUCUGAGCUGCAGGGAGAAUCCCUGGCCUACCUGGAGGCGCUGGAGUACCUCCGCCUGAAUGGGAAUCCUUGGAACUGUGACUGCCGGGCCCAGUCUCUUUGGGAAUGGCUGCGCCGGUUCCGGGGUUCCAGCUCCAGCGUCAUUUGUGAGUUCCCAGAGAAAUUCCACGGCACAGACCUGAAAGAACUCAACGCCGAGAGCUUCCAUGGUUGCACCGGCUCGGAAUCCCUCCACCAGAUCACCGGGCCCAGGUUCCCCCCCUCGGCUGACAGGGCGCCCCCCAGAGACCAUCCACCACUCCACUCCUCCAGGGAGAAGGGGAAAGCGAGGGCAGGGGAGCAUGGGGCCCAACCCGGACAGCGCCCAGGCUACAGGAAGAACUGCACCAAGAGCCGGAACAGGACCAUCAAGGCUCCAUCCCUGGGGCCCUGGAAGAACACUGAGAUGCAAGACUACGAGCACAAGUCCAACUUCGGCCUGCUGCCUAAGCAGAAGGGCAAGUGCCAGCGGACACUCAUGCCGCCCCCCAGCGGGGUCCAGCAGGCGGCAGGGGGCGGCACGUGGAGCACAGGGGCGAGGGCCGUGGGGGCUGCCCAGGCUGCUCUAAUAGCCGGGAUGCUGGCCUUGGUGGUGAUUAUCCGCUGACAGUGGGUUGCCCAGAGCCAUGCGGAACCACGAACACGACUGGUCUCUAGAGCCCCAGCAUUACUAGUUUUACUCCUUCUUUUUCUCUGCGUCAAGGGUUUGGCCCUGUCCAGGUCCCUGUCCAUGGCCGGCGAGGAGGGUUAUAAGACGCGGACCGUGUGGGGUGCGCGCGCUGUGCUGCGUGACCACAGGAUGAGAUUACAAGCAAUACCCCACACGCUCACCACAAGCAGCCCCAAUGGAGCACCCUCAAAAAAGGGAUUUUCCCCUCCCCUCCCUUAAUAAAAGGGACUGAAGCUAAUCCUUGGAUAGUGUCGACUGCAAAGAGGCUGUAAAAUCCCUGUAAAACCCUGUUAAUUUGAGAGGGAGAUAAAGAGGGAGACCCUCCCCGCACCUGGGAUUACACAAAAGGAACCACACCGCUGCUGUCAGGACAUCACCAACCAGGCCUCCAUGAAUGGGGUCGGGGACACGGGUCCAGCACUGGUGGCCACGGUGGCUGUGGGGCACCUUUCAGCUUCCUUGUGGCUCCGAGCCAAAGCAGGCUGGAAGUCUCUUGGAAGACAGUAUCCAGGUUCCUGAAUUGCCUCAGGAUUCUUUCAUACCUUAGCAGGGCAGGGCUGGACUGCUGGGAUGGGAGUUGCCGGAUAGGAUGACCAGAGGAAAGAUGGGCAACGGCAGGCAGACUAGAGGUGGAAACUUUUAACAAUCUUUAAAACAAAGGUGCAUUUUUUUCUUUUUCUUUUUUGCAACGUCUGUGUUCACAUCUAAAAUAAAACCAAUACACAGGUUUUCCCCACCCUUUGGUUACCCUGAUGUGAUGUCCUAUGAUGUUUAUAAACUGCAACGCAGAGAAAACAAGCAAAAGGGACAGAUCCCCAGACCGGACCCAAAGGACCCGUACUGAUGCAUUUACAGCAAGAGGAAGAAAGGAAGAGUAUUUUGGGUGGGUGGCUGCGAGGACUUGGCGCCCGCUUGG